UCCAGACUGCAUCCCUGAUGGGACUCCCCUCCCGCACCCCGUAUUCAGACCCUGAGCUCCAGACUGAGUGGCCUGGGCCAUCGCCCUUGGUGAGCAAGGUCUGCCGGGGGAGAGGGGUCCUCCUGGCCAAGGAUGGAGCCCUCAGUGCCCCCCUGUCUGCCUCUUCCAUCUGACAGGGCCAUGGCCCACUACGACUGUGAGGUCAAAGCUGUCUUGGGGCAGGCAGUCAUCUUCCUGAAGAGCCCGGAAGAACGGGACAACAUCGUGGCCAUCCUCAUCAUAACAGAGUUUCUCAAUGGCCAAGAGCUCACCCAGUACAUGUCUCGGAAAACCAUGGACAACUUCCUGAGCCUGGGCCUCAACAACCCCAACCAGCUGGUGAGGGCCAUGAGCCUGAAGGGCCUCAGCAGUAUCCUCCUGCAGCCUAAGAAGGUGAGAGGAAGGUGCGCCCACUCCUGUUCGAGGAGGCUUUAGGGAGGAGGAGGGUGCACUUGAAAAGGGCCUCCAGGGUAGGUGAAACCUCAAGGGUUGGAUGAGGAAGGCAAGCCAAGGCCCAGGACAGGGGAGGGCAGGAAUGUUGGGAGACCCUGCUGCACUGCAUAGCGCUGAGAACGGACACUUUCUGAGCUGGAGUAAACUCAGUGACUUUGAGGUCAGUGACUUUGGCCCCCUGCCCAGGCAGGGAUUUCUUACCUGAGGCACUCCUGCCAGGUGGUCCAAUUCAUGCUGCACCCGGCUACGGAGAACUCACACCUCACUCCACGGGGGCAUCCUUCCUCCUCCUGCCUCUUGGGCCUCCGUGCUCCCAAGAUGCGGUCAAGGGCUGGAACCGAGGUCCCCAGCUGAGCUUAAAGAGGGGCAGUAAGUGAGAGGAGAGGCAGUCUCUGAGGCUGGGCCAGGAAGCCUGUUUAGGAGGGAGCGGCGCAGGCCAGGGGGCGGCUGCAUCUCCCUGCAGGUGGUCCUGCUCCGGAACCGGCUGGCCGUGCUGCUGGACAGCUUCCUGAAGCCCGAGCCCAAAGACCUCCUGGGCUUGAUGGAGAUCCUGGGCGACAUCCUGCACCGUCUGGGUACCCAGGGCGUCGGCGCCAUCAGCCUCAAAAUGGCCCAGCACCUGCUGCCGCUGUUCGAGAAUGAAAAGGAAGGCGUGCGUGGAGGAGCCAUCUUCCUGUACGGAGAUGUUAUCUACAGUGGCGGCAAGAAGUUUCGGCAGGCGCUCAAGAGCCACGCCUUCCAGGCCCUGGUGCCGCUGCUCUUCCACCUGGCGGACUCCUGCCCUGAUGUGGUCAUGAAGACCAAGCUCACCUUUCUGCGUUGCGCCAUCUUGCUGAAGUGGGAGUUUCGGAAGGAGCUGUUUGGCAAAUUGGCCUGGGGCCGUGGCCUGGGCGCCGAGAACGACAUUUUAAUCUACAUGGUGGAGAGCAACUUUGGCAACUACCACCAGUUUCUCAUGCGGGCGCUGGUUUAUCUGGUCAGUCCUGACAGGCACCUGAAGCUCGUGGCCAUGAAGUUCAUUGGGGGACUCCUGCAGGACUACUUCGCCGACCUCUGCUUCUGCCUGAAGAAGGGCGACGUGAGCACCCUCAGGAAGUACUUGGAGCUUCUCGAGCAGGACCCCGACUCCGAGAGCCGGAAGUUCUACAAGAGCUUCUUUGAAGACGUCGUCGAACUGUCCCAGUAUGUCACCUGACAGCUGCAGUUGAUUGUGUUGUGUUGUGUUGUGCUUUUUUAGUUCCCUAUUAA